GCUCCAAAGUGUCGUGAUGGAGGAGAGCAGUGAAAACACGAGGCAGAUGAAGAGAGGAGAGAUGAAGAAAGUUCAGGAAAGACAGGAGAAACAGAAGAAGAGGAGUAAAGAGGAGGAAGAGGAGGUGUUCAUCUUCAACAGCAAACGUUCUGAGGAUGAGAACAAACAGAACGACGACUACGAUGAAGAUCUGAGUGACAGUGAGGACAGCGUCUACUCAGGACUGGAGGAUUCUGGGAGUGACAGUGAGGACGACGACAACCAGGAGAAUGGUGAUGAGAACGAUGUUGAAGAUGUGGAGGAUGACGAUGAUGAAGAUGUGGAGCAUACUCAGAAGGAGAACGUGGGGGGAGAACGCCAAGAAGAUGAAUACCAGCACGACUCCUCAGAUGAAGAGGACAUCAGGAAUACGGUGGGGAAUGUUCCUUUGGAGUGGUACAAAGACUUCCCUCACAUUGGCUACGACUUGGACGGGAAGAAGAUCUCCAGACCAAUCAGGAACAAGGACGAGCUCGAUAACUUCCUGGACAAGAUGGAGAACCCAGACUAUUGGAGGACAGUGGAGGACGGUCAGACUGGUGCUGACGUGGUCCUGUCAGAUGAGCAGGUGGAGCUGGUGCAGCGCCUGCAGAGAGGACAGUUUGGAGACGUCAACUUUAACGAGUACCAGCCUCAGGUGGAGUUCUUCAGUCAGGACGUGAUGCUUCACCCUGUCACAAACCGGCCGGCUGACAAACGCUCGUUCAUCCCAUCUCUGCUGGAGAAAGAGAAGGUGUCCAAACUUGUCCACGCCAUCAAGAUGGGCUGGAUCAAACCGCGGCGAGAACGCAGAGACACAGGGGGGCGCUACUAUGACCUGUGGGCCAACGACGACGCCUCCAUCCUCGCAAAACACAGGAUGCACCUGCCCGCCCCCAAAAUCCCUCUACCCGGACACCACGAGUCCUACAAUCCACCGCCAGAGUACCUGUUCACCGAUGAGGAGCGAGCUCUGUGGGAGCAGCAGGAUCCAGCUGACAGGAAGUACCCGUUUAUUCCUCGCACGUUCUCCAGCCUUCGCCACGUUCCAGCCUUUCCUCGGUUCAUCCACGAACGCUUUGAACGCUGCCUUGACCUCUACCUGUGCCCCCGCCAGAGGAAGAUGAGGGUGAACGUCAAUCCAGAGGAUCUGAUCCCCAAACUUCCCAAACCUAAAGACCUGCAGCCGUUUCCGACCACGCAGUCCCUGGUAUAUCGUGGUCACAGCGGCCUGGUUCGCUCCAUCAGCGUGUCUCCAUCAGGACAGUGGCUCGCCUCAGGUAGUGAUGACGGCUCCGUCAGGUUCUGGGAGGUUUGUUCGUCUCGCUGUCUGAAGACGGUCCAGGUUGGCGGUCCUGUGAAGAGUGUGGCCUGGAACCCCAACCCCUCAGUCUGCCUGCUGGCUGUCUCCCAGGACUCUGUAGUCGUGAUCCUGGCUCCCUUCCUGGCGGACCGUCAGGUAAUCUCGUCAUCAGAUCAUCUCUUAACAAGCCAUGAAGAGGAGGAGGCUUUGGAGGGGGAGAGUAUAGUCACAUGGAUUGAUGCAGAGGGGGAGGAGCUUAACCAGGGCAUCCGCCUUAAAAUCCAACACCCCAAGGCCGUCCAGCAGGUGGUGUGGCACGCCAAAGGAGAUUACCUGGCCUCCGUGAUGCCAGAUCACUCGAGUCACCUGCAGGUGUUGAUCCACCAGGUGAGCCGGAGGCGGAGCCAGAACCCCUUCAGGAAGAACAAAGGCCUGGUACAGAGCGUAUCCUUCCACCCCAUCAGGCCCUACUUCUUUGUAGCGACGCAGCGCUCCGUCCGGAUCUACAACCUGGUCAAACAGGAAAUGACUAAAAAACUACAGGCCAACUCCAAAUGGAUCUCCAGCAUGGCGGUCCACCCCACAGGUGAUCAUGUGAUCUGUGGGAGCUACGACUGCAGACUGAGCUGGUUUGACCUUGACCUCUCCACCAAGCCCUACAGGAUGCUACGGCACCAUAAGAAAGCCGUGAGGGGUGUGGCCUUUCACAGACAGUACCCAUUGUUUGCUUCAGCGUCAGACGAUGGAUCAGUCAUCGUCUGCCAUGGGACCGUUUACAAUGAUCUGCUCCAGAACCCACUCAUUGUUCCAGUGAAGGUUCUCAAAGGUCAUGUGAUCACUCAUGACCUCGGUGUUCUGGACAUGACCUUUCAUCCCACACAGCCAUGGAUCUUCUCCUCUGGAGCUGACGCUACCAUCAGACUCUUCACCUAGCCAUUUGCCUGGCUACCAGUCAGCUAACCUGGCUACCAACCAACUAGCCUGGCUACCAACCAACUAGCCCAGCUACUCACCAACUAGCCCGGUUACCAACUAGCCUGGCUACCAACCAACUAGCCCGGUUACUCACCAACUAGCCUGACUACCAACCAACAAGCCUGGCUAUCAACCAACCAACCAACUAUCCUGGCUACUAACCAUCUAAUCUGGCUACCAACCAGUUAGCCUGGGUACCAACCAGCCAGCCCAGCUACCACAACCAGUCUGACCACCAACGUGGCUACCAGAACAUGGAUGUUGUUCUGUAAUUCUUCCUGUGGUCUCCUAGCAACCUACUUGAAGGGGUGAUGGUUGCUAGGAGACUUACAGCUGGUUGUUCUGUAAUUUUUGUGACUUUGACCCCAAUGUUGUUAUUUUUUAUUAAACUGAAACCUCCUGGA